UCUCUCCAGCGACGGAGCAGAGCGUCACAGUGGUCUGUUUGGUCCCGGGCAGCGGAGCUCGAGCUAUGGCGGCACCGAAGAGCGCGGGUCACGACGAAGAGCCUGAGCUUGGAGCGAGCGCAUGGAGGAUUGCGAGUCGGUGGGUUCCAUGAGAGGCAAGAAUACGUCGGUAGAAUUGCAGAUUGUUGAAUUCAGGAAGAAAUUGGAUUCGUGAUGGCUUGUGCCUCAGCUCAGGCCGUCCGUCCGCUGGCGGGCGUGUCGCCGUGCUGCUCCUCGCGUAGAGGGGCUGUGCAGCUUGCUAGGCGAAGUGGUUCGUCUUUGAAGGUCGGUGGUAGCAGUUUAUGGUUGCCUCGGAGAUUGGGGCGCAGUGAUUUGGUUUGUAGUCCCAGGAAACCGAGAUGGAACACUCGGAUGAAUUACGGCAGCUCGAUGUGCUUCUAUUAUGUGGCGCAGAGUCAGAUUUCUGAGGCUGAAAGUAGAAAGUUGCCGAGUGGUAGAAAAGGGAAAAUUGGGGGUUUGGAAGAUUCGGAAAUUCGAAAUUCUCCUUCAAAUGGAUUGGCACUACCAGACUUCGAGGACGAUGGUAUAACACAGACUGAGGAUUCCGACGCCAGGAAGAGGAAAGCGAAGGGUUCGUCCAAGCUGAAAGGCUUGCAGAAUGGUGUCACUGGAAGCAACUCUUCUGAGCGGAGGGGGAGGAAGAAGAGUGUGAGAGAUGAAAAUGAGGACAACGUAGAGAAUUUAGAAUCCGCCCACACGAGUGAGGAGUAUUUUAGCGACGAAGGUGAGAGCGAUUUAGAAGCUGAUCACUUGAGCAGUAGUAGUACUUCGCAUGAAGAUGAAAAUUAUGAUAGUAAUCUAGAAUCAGAAGACGAAGGCGAAGAGGAAGAUGCUGUAGACGAGAGUAGGAAGGGUAAUCAUGAACUUUUUACGCAGGGAGGUAGGACACAGGUUUUGGACCUCUUCACCAGAGAGAGGCUUGCCGUGGGACAAGAAAGUGAUCUGCGGUUGAUGUUUUUGGAGUCAAUAAUGGAAAGGGCACGGAGUGGUGACGUAGAUGGGGUCGAGGAAGCGCUCGCAGAGCUGGAGAUAGCCGGAAUAAGGGCUGGUCCUCAUGCAUACCAUGGCCUCAUUGUAGCGUACACGCGCGCCAAGGACUCUGAAGGAGCGGUACAAGCGCUUCGGAGGGAAGUUGGUGCCGGGGAGAAACCUUUACCGGAAACAUUUGUUGCAAUGGCUAGGUUGUUUGGAUCUCAGGGUCAGGCUCUGAGAGGGACGGAGAUUCUUGGCGCUAUGGAAAAGCUCAACCUAGAUCCCCGUGUUGCUUGGCUGGUGCUUGUGGAGGAACUGCACAAGGCCGGACUCUUGGCUGAAGCCAAUGAGAUAUUCUUGAAAGGUGCCGACGGAGGUAUGAAAGGAACUGUUCCUCUCUACAAUCUUUUGAUUGAAGAGAAUGCCAAGGUUGGAGAUCAUGGAAAUGCCAUCAACAUCAUGCGAGCUUUGGAGUACGCCGGGUUUCAACCCACUACAUUUCAUUAUAACUGUCUCCUCAUGUGUCAGGCGAAUGCGAACGUCCCUGAUGUUGCAGCGUCUACAUUCGAGGAAAUGCUUUAUGGAGAAGAUAUUGUGAAGCCGGACACAGAGUCGUAUAACUGGCUGUUCCAGAGUCACAUUCGACACAACUACGGAGACAGGUGCCAAGAGGUCAUCGAUCUUCUUGGGGAGAUGAUCGAAGAUCACAAACGAGUUCAGCCGAAUAUGAGAACCUAUGCGCUUCUGAUUGAAUGCUUCACAAAGUAUAACGUGGCGAACGAAGCUGUCAGACAUUUUCGGGCAUUAAGCCGACUUCCUGGGGGCCUGAAAUACCUUCAUAAUGAGGGCAGCAACGGGGAUCCUCUUUCGCUUUAUCUACGAAGCUUGUGCUUGGAAGGACGAGCGUUAGAUCUGCUGGAAGCCUUGGAAGCAAUGGUGAAGGAUUCGCAGCCAAUACCGUCAAGGGCCAUGAUAGUCAACAAGAAAGGACGGACGCUGAUUAGCUCCUGGAUUGAGCCCGUUGGAGCUGAAGUUGAUCUAGGUUAUGACGUCGACUACAUUGCUAGAUACGUUGCGGAAGGGGGUGAAUCAGGAACGCGAAAGAGAUGGUCUGACUCGGACGCCAGGUCUGAAGAUAGCGAGGGCUUCGCUUUUUCCGCACCUAUGGAAACUUCCUUUAAGCAGCAUUGCAUACAGAUGCGGCGGAGAUACACUCUAAAGCUUAUUCGCAAGCUGCGGGCAGAAGGUGUGCAUGCACUUGGACCGGGAGCCACAGAUGCAGAUGUAGUUAGAAUAAUGGCUAGGCUGAGAAAGGAGACGAUCGGAGAGCUAGUCUUCCAGCCCAAGAAGCCUAAAGCUGCAAGCAAGAUGCUUGUAUCCGAGUUGAAAGAAGAGCUUGACGCUCAAGGUCUGCCCACCGAUGGGACACGACCAGUUUUGUACCAAAGAGUUCAAAAGGCGAGGAGAAUCAACCGUGCUCGAGGUCGACCUCUGUGGGUUCCCCCAACAGAAGAUGAAGUGGAAGAGCAAGUAGAAGAGGACACCAGUGAUAUAUUUAUGGAGCGAUUGAACCUUAAGAAUGACAACACCGAAUUUUGGAGAAAGCGGUUGACUGGAGAGGACGAACAUAUUGAGCUACUUCAAAUUAGUGGAACCAGUUCUGGUUUCACAGUCGAAACAGAUAUAGAAGAUGGAGAAGAGGACGAUGACGAAGAUGACGAAGAGGUGGAGGAGGAAAACGAGGAAAUUGAAGAUCUUGUGGAUGACGGUGGUGAAGAAGACGAGCUUGAAGCACCUGAGCUUCUUGCCCUACAACUCUUGAAGAAGAAGGCAGACUUGGCAGCAGAGGAAAAGGUACACGAUGAGCAGGAAGUUAAGGAAGGAGAGUGGUUGGGACUGACUUUUGAGCAGAAGGUUGCAAAGUUGAGGAAUGAGAAGUAUCUCGAUCCAGCGGAACUCUACACGAUAGCGGAUGCAUGGGGCUGGACAUGGGAGAAAGAUAUUCGUGCCAAGGAGCCUGAGCGCUGGUCUCAAGAACUUGAAGUGCAGCUUGGUAUGCAGAUGAUGCAAAGGGUCCUGGAUCUAGGUGGCGCCCCAACUAUUGCAGACUGUGCCAUGCUAGUACGUGCAGCAAUGCGAAUUCCUUGGCCCGAAGCUAUUGUAUCUCUCAUUCAGCAAACACACAAGCUCGACAUAACUUUUGGAAGUAAACUUUACAAUGAGGCAGUACAACUUUGUAUCACACUCGGAGAGAAGGAUGCGGCCAUCGCCAUUAUCACUGAUAUGGAGGAAGUUGGUAUUUCUGCACCAAGUGAACUAAUAAACACCGUACUUUUGGAAUCCUCCACAGAGUUGGACUCUAUACAGCAGAUUAGCUAGUUUGUCGAUCACACUGUUGCUGUUCAGGCUCAAACGUCAUGAAAUACUAGUAGUAUACGGUUAGGCCUGGGUCAGAGCAGGUACACUUCGUUGCUUGCUUGACUUGCCUACAUUUAGUUAUGAGCAGCAGAUUCUAGAUCUCUGGAUGCAAGAGGAGGCGAUCAAUAAUUGUGUCUAGAAUAUCGCGUCUGUUUGCAGAGUUUUUGCCUGCGGAGACCCAAAAUGUUCAUAAGCUGGUCGCCCGGGUCUAUCAUCAUAACUAGUUACUUGAUUCUUUCACGGCAAGGUCUUCAAUUGUUUAUAGCAAGAGCAUGUGUUUCCUAGAAUCUAGGUUUGCAAUGGGCUUGACGAUCAAGUCGUUUUCUGGCCUUCCAUCCCAUCCAAAUUGAGAGAUGGGCUGUAUUUCUUCCAUUCAAUGGCAUUAUAAAAGUGAAGAGUAUUGAUGCUUGUCCG